UCUUAGCAACUGUAUUGUAAACUAUCAACAUCGAUGUGAUGUUGUUUUCUAUGCUGCUGCCAAUAAUGUGUCUGGUGCGAUUCGAUUUGCUUUAUUUAAGUGCUGUUUAAGUUCAGAGGAGUAUGUCUGCAGAGGUGGCCAUACAGCCCCUAGAGGAUGUUAGCCCCCAAAUGAUGUGCUCCAGUCCCCAACCCAGUCCACAGCCCCAGGCCAAAGUGCUCAGGGAGGACCUCCUAAAGAUCCUGGACCCUUCACGGAAGAAGCUGUCAUCAUUGGAGACGCAGCGCAUCGCAGGGGUGCUGGAAGACUGCAUCGCCAGGGUGGAGACGGUAGCCUUGCUGCCGGCUGUGCUGGCCCUCCUGGGAGGGCUGUCUGUGGGGUUGGAGUUGGAGGGGGCCUUACAGGAGCACCAGCACCUUGGAGAGAGGCUGGUGGGCCUGGGGCAGAAGCUGGUUGAGGGGGAGGCAGGGGAGAGAGCGAGAGCAGAGUUAGAAAGGGCCAUCCCCAGCUCACUGAGGAACGUGCUCAGACUGCUGAGAGCUCAUCCAGCCGCAACCCGUACCCUGAGUAGUGAGGCAGAGGGAGGGGGGCAGGGGGUGAGUGAAGGGGUGCGAGGGCUGGUAGGGGGGCUGCAGGAGUUGCGGGGGGUGCUGUUAGAGAAACUGCUGACAAGCCCGGCCGAGGAACGUCAAAGAACACGCUACAUGCAGGAGGUUUCGCUGCGCCAUUGCAACAACAUGGAGCUGGUUGCUACACUGGAGGCGGAAGUCGCUGCCGCCAUCAAAGACAGAGAUGCUGAGACCUCUAAGAAAAAUGAGGUGAUCAGGAAGUUGAAGAGCWKUCUGCACCAGAUGGAGAAGAUCUCUGAGGACUUUGUGUUGCGGACACAGCAGGAUGUCGACAAGCAGAACCAAUCAGACGCUAAGACCUCAGAGGGGAGGCGGGCCCGCAUGCAGCAGGAAGCCAAUCAGCUGAGAGUUCAGCUUAACAACCUGAUUUCUGAGAACCGCGAGGUAGAGACUUCGCUCCGCAAGAAAAAAUAUAAAGUGGAGACAGAAAUAGAGAACUGGAUCCAGAAGUAUGAUGCUGAUAUGGGAGAGAAACAGUUUGAGCUGGAGGACAUGACAAGGGUCUAUGAGGAGGAGAAGGAGGAGCUGAGAGAGCUAGAAGAGGCGUAUGCUGUCCUGGAGCAGGAGUUCAGUCAGAUCCAGGAGGAGCGGCGUUUGGCCGAGGAGAGGAGGGAGGAGGAGCAGAAAGAGCUGGAAAAGAAGAGCUGUGCCGCCAUCAUUAUCCAGGCUUACUGGAGGGGCCACCGUGUCCGCAAGGCCAUGAGGGGGAAGGGCAAGAAGGGUAGCAAGGGCAAGAAGGGCAAAGGCAAGAAGGGCAAAUAACUGUGGAAAACUCAGCCAGACCAGGACAGUCCAUUAUUCCAGCGUGGUUUUUAUAUUUGUGAGAAAGAUGUGGCAGCUCUCCAAAAACACGUCCCAUUUUCCUUUUCUCCUUUUGUACGUUUUCCUUUUAGGUGUCAGAGUUUAUUCCAAUAAAUACUGUGCAACGCAGCUCUUGAUUACUAUUGUAUGAUUACUACUCUGUGUUUGAUGUUAUCUACUUUUAAAUGUUAAUUAAAAGAAAAGGGGAUUUUUUUUAAACAUUGUUUAUAAAUAAUUUUUAUUGAAACAUG